AUGUCAGCUAAAGGAUACAAGAUAAUUGAAGAAAAAUAUUAUCUACAAACUGGGUUGAAGCAUGAAAGGAGGCAGUUAAGGAAUAGGCUUGGAGGGUUGAAAACAUUGUACACUUUUUGGAAGGCUUUGUGGACAAACAGUGGGUUGGGCAGGGAUUCAGAUGGAAAUGUGGUAGCAUCAGAUGAAUGGUGGGAAGAGAACACCAAGGGAAAGAAAUGGGAAUAUAAAAAACAAGCUGGUGCACCAGAGUACAUUGACCAGCUUGAGGAGAUCUUCCAUGAGAGCGUUGUAGAUGGUUCUACUUCAUUCAAUCCUUCAGUAGAUGAAGACCAAGAAGAACAAGAAGAACAAGAAAAAUAA